UGAUAGAGUCGCUGUGCUAGCAACUUAUAAAUAAAAUAAAUGGGUUGUACUUGUAUAGCGCUUUUCUACCUUCAAGGUACUCAAAGCACUUUGACACUACUUCCACAUUCACCCAUUCACACACACAUUCACACACUGAUGGAGGGAGCUGCCAUGCAAGGCGCCAACCAGCACCCAUCAGGAGCAAGGAUGAAGUGUCUUGCUCAGGACACAACGGACGUAACGAGGUUGGUACUAGGUGGGAUUUGAACCAGGGACACUUGGGUUGCGGACGGCCACUCUCCCACUGCGCCAUGCCUUCCCUAAACUGAGGGUUCGAUUCCAGCUUGUGCCAUCCUAGUUACUGUCAUUGUGUCCUUGGGCAAGACACUUUACCCACCUGCUCCCAGUGCCACCCACACUGGUUUAAAUGUAACUUAGAUAUUGGGUGUCACUAUGUAAAGCGCUUUGAGUCACUUGAGAAAAGGGCUAUAUAAAUAUAAUUCACUUCACAAUUCACUGAAGGACUAGGGAAUAAAAACUACAUGGCAGAGGGAUUCAGAUGUUAUUAGACACAUUUACUAGGAUAAUUCUGGAAAAUCCCUUAUCUGCUUAUUGUGUUACUAGUGUUUUAGCGUUUUAAUGAAAGUCGGAGGGGUGUGGUGACCGCCAGUGUCUCUGAGGAAAGCCAUGUUUCUCGACGAUGCGAAAUGAAGGCAGCCGUUGGGGCCGGGCUGAGAUUUUUUUUUUUCCCCCUUACUCCACGGUGGACGCAUCCCACAUUCGGGGGCGGCCGGUCGAAGGAGGCAAGAGAGUCCGCAGCUGCCUCUAUGACAGCUGCACAAGGAACGAUGCAAGCUCUCCGCUCAUGUCUACGGCGGAGGCCACAGAAGAAGACUUUCUCCUUUCUCUCGGCUGACGUCUGGUCCUUCAGAGGGAAGAAAAGGAAGCAGGCGACCAGAGAUGCAGACUCGCUCAGUCUCUGCAGUCUGGAGAUCAACGAGCCCAGCGCCAAGCGCAGCAAAGCCACGGUCUCCAGGGUGACGUCCCUGGCCAGCCUGCUGCCGCCUGUCAAGUCGGCAUCGCUGAAGAGGUUUGGUCAGACUCUGCAGCGCUCCAUCAGCUUCCGGACGGAACGAGUGCUUCCUCCUGCUCCUGCUCCUCUCCCCCCUCCUCCUCCUUCGUCCUCCGCCAAGACACGGGUGACGGCGGCGGCCAUCUCCAACUCUUCUACCUCCACGACUGCCUCGCGGGCGUCCGCCGCCCCGGCCCCGGCUGCCAAGCGCCGCGACAGCAAGCUCUGGAGCGAGACCUUCGACGUCCGACUGGGAGCGACGCAGCCUCUCAGCCCGAAGGAGAUCAAGAGACAGGAGGCCAUUUUUGAGUUGGCUCAGGGCGAGCAAGACCUGGUCGAAGAUCUCAAGUUGGCGAAAAAGGCCUACCAUGACCCUAUGCUGAAGCUCUCCAUCAUGACCGAGCAAGAACUGAACCAGAUCUUUGGUACUCUGGACUCACUGAUUCCCCUGCAUGAAGACCUGCUGAGUCGCCUCUGUGAGGCCAGGAAACCGGACGGGUCCACCGAGCACGUUGGACAGAUCUUGACUGACUGGCUGCCGUGUCUCUCGUCCUACACGGCCUACUGCAGCAACCAGGUGAAGGCCAAGCACCUGCUGGACCAGAAGAAGCAGGACCUCAGAGUCCAGGACUUCCUGCAGCGCUGCCUCCAGUCGCCCUUCAGCAGGAAGUUGGACUUGUGGAACUUCCUGGACAUCCCUCGCAGUCGGCUGGUGAAAUAUCCGCUGCUUCUCAGGGAGAUCCUCAAGCACACCCCCAACGAGCACCUGGACCAGCAACACCUGGACGAGGCGAUGCUGAUGGUCCAGAGCGUGGUGGCGGACAUCAACAGGCGCACAGGAGAGUCCGAGUGUCAGUUCUACAAGGACCGGCUGCUCUACAGCGAGGUGGGACUGAAGGACGCCCUCAUUGAGCGAUCCAGGACACUAAGCUGCCACGGAGCGCUGAAGAACAACCGAGGCCUCAAGCUCCACGUCUUCCUGUUCCAGGACGUCCUGGUCAUCACCAGAUCGGUCUCGCUCAACGAGCAGCCCGUCAGCUACCAGCUCUGCCGACAGCCCAUCCCCAUCCGAGAGCUGGACCUGGAGGACCUGUCGGAUGGAGAGAUGAGAGUGGGCGGGUCCAUCAGGGGGGCUUUCAGCAACAACGAACGCACCAAGAACUUCUUCCGAGUUUCUUACAACUGCGCCGGCCAGCAGCAGACCCACUGCUUCCAGGCCAGUGACGCCUUCAACAAGCAGCAGUGGAUCAACUGCAUCAGGCAGGCCAAGGAGGCGGCGGCCCUCAGCGAAGACCUGCGUCUUCCACCUGGGCAAGUGGGCGGGGACGCGGGUCCGCGCCACUCGGGGUCGGAAAAUGACAAAGGGAUGUGGGCGGAGCUGGAGGCGGGACAGCAUGGCGAGACAUCACAGUCGAAGAUCGAAUCGGACAGCGGCGACGCAGAGAGAAACACAAGGGGCGAAGGGACUGACUUUCAGGAGGAGGCGGGGCGGGGCAUGGAGGAGGCGGAGCCGAGUGGCGCUGAAGAGAAGGAGCAGGAGGAUUUGGUGGACAGCCUGGACGGAAGUGGCCCAGAGAUUAUACAAUGCUGAUAUUUGCUGUCAAACAGCAGUGUUUCUCAACUCCAUUCAUCCAUUUUCUACCGCUUGUCCCUUCUGGGGACGCAGGGGGUGCUGGAGCCUAUCUCAGCUGCAUUCGGGCGGAGGUCGGGGGUACACCCUGGACAAGUCGCCACCUCAUCGC